AUGAAAGGCAAUUUAUUUUUAGAAACCAGACUCGCAGAAUGGAUACUUUCUUUAUUAUCAUGUUUUGCGGGAGGUGUAUUUAUGGGAACUUGCUUUCUAGAUAUUUUUCCUCAUAUAAAGUAUGGAAUGAUUUUUUGUUAAAGAAUAGGACGAGAGUUGGAGAGUAUAUUUCUCUUCAAGAAAUCUGUGGAACUUACGGAAUAACGUGAAUUUAUAAGGAAGGGAAUUAUGAGAAUUUACUUUACUAAAUGAAGAAUUUACUAGGAAAUCCUUUGGAUUAAAAAAUAUAUUUUUCAGUGA